CUCUGCUCCAGCCCACCAGUGACUUCAACCGUCACUUUUCUGUCAUGCAUCUGACUUCAUGUGUAAGCUGUAGAAACUCUGCCGUUAUCAUAUCCAAGGCGGUGUGUUGUGAGGACUGCUGCCCUGAGAACGCUGAGUGCAUUCUGGAAUAUUCCAAAUGUGUGCCACUUCCAUACUGAAGAAGUUCCAAGCCCGCAAGAGAAUUCACUCACCAGGACAGAAACAACCUGAUUCUCAAGCAUGGGACACACACUGUCCAAAUUAAACGCAAGAAACAUCAAUAUCAACCCUCAAGAACCACAGAUGAGUUACACUGUGCACUUCGAAAAUGCUCCUUCAAAUGUUAACCGCGCUGAGAGAGCGACCGAGAUGAGGCACGUCUCCAAGUCUGGCACUACGGACACUUCCGAGGGGCGCCAGGGGUCGCAGCAGGAUGCCCGACGGCCGUCCCUGUAUAGCACCAUAGACGUGGUGCCACAAUUAGACUUUUAUGCAAAGACAAUUGUAGGUCAGCAACGGCGUUGUAGACCAUCCCUGGAGGUUCUUCGCAAGUCUUUUGAUGAUGGAGAUACUGCCAGUAAUGCCGAGGGCUUGGGGAACGGAAGCCUGCCAGGCAUCCCAGAUGUAGAGGGCAGUGUUGAGGGGGCGAAAAAUGCAAAACCGCCGGUCCGCUUUGGCUGGGUUACCGGUGUCAUGGUUCGCUGUAUGCUUAACAUCUGGGGAGUCGUUCUUUUUCUUCGUUUGCCCACCAUCACCUCUUCAGUGGGCAUCAUUCUCACCUGGGUCAUCAUCCUGAUGUCCGUUGUCAUAACCUCAGUGACUGCCCUCUCUGUAUCUGCCAUUGCCACCAAUGGGAGAGUAAAGUCAGGGGGCACUUACUUCAUGAUCUCCCGAACACUGGGCCCAGAAGUAGGGGGACCCAUCGGGAUGGUGUUCUCCUUCGCCAAUGCCAUAGCCUGUUCGUUGAACACGGUUGGGUUUGCUGAGACCGUCCAGAAACUUCUCAAAGAACAUGAUGCCAUUAUAGUGGACGAUAUGAAUGAUGUGCGGAUUAUUGGAUUGAUCACAGUCACCGUGCUUCUCCUCAUUUCAAUGGCUGGAAUGGAGUGGGAAUCUAAGACUCAGAUAAUUUUCUUCCUGGUGCUCAUGGUGACCUUUGCCAACUACUUGGUGGGCACAUUUCUCCCCCCUACGCCUGAGAAACAAGCCCGAGGCAUCUUUGGCUAUCACAGGGAGAUUUUCAUGGAAAACCUCCUGCCAGAAAAAGGAGAUGGAGAUUUCUUCAACAUGUUUGCCAUCUUUUUUCCUUCUGCCAUUGGCAUCCUUGCUGGGGCCAACAUCUCUGGUGACUUAAAGGACCCAGAGAGUGCUAUACCCAAAGGGACGCUCCUGGCCAUCCUCGGCACCACCAUGAGCUAUUUGAUUAUCUCUGUAACUGUAGGCUCGUGUAUGAUUCGUCAUGCCACAGGCAACCUAAACGACAGCUUCUCUUUGGGGAACGGCUCAGAUGUGUGUGAGGGUGUGGCCUGUAACUUUGGCUGGAACUUCACAAGCUGCUCACAUGAAGGGGACUGCGAAUAUGGCCUCGCAGUUGACACUGGGGCGCUAACGAUGGUAUCAGGCGUCGAACCCAUCAUCAUUGCCGGGAUCUUUGCUGCUAGUCUAUCCUCUGCUCUUGGAUUCCUGGUCUCUGCCCCGAAGGUGUUUCAGUGUCUUUGCAGAGACAACAUAUACCCCUAUAUUGGCUUUUUUGCAAAGGGUUAUGGGAUGAAUGAUGAGCCUUACCGUGGUUAUAUUCUAGUUUAUUUUAUCGCAUUAGCAUUCAUUUUGAUUGGUGACUUAGAUCUUGUUGCCCCUGUCAUUUCGAACUGUUUCCUCUGCUCGUACGCGCUCAUCAACUUCAGUUGUUUCCACGCCUCUAUCACAAACUCGCCAGGCUGGAGGCCUUCCUUUCGUUACUACAACCGCUGGGUAGCAUUGUUUGGGGCCGUCGUCUCUGUCGUGGUUAUGUUCAUGCUGACCUGGGAGGCAGCCCUCAUCACCUUCUGCAUCCUCCUCUUCCUCUUUGGCUACGUCAUCUACAAGAAGCCAGAGGUGAAUUGGGGCUCCUCUGUGCAGGCUAGCACCUACAACAUGGCUUUGUCCUACUCAGUCUCUCUGUCAGCGGUGGAAGACCAUGUCAAGAACUACAGGCCCCAGUGUUUGGUUCUGACAGGGCCGCCAGUUGUUCGUCCAGCAUUGGUGGACUUUGUGGGCUCCUUCACUAAGAAUAUCAGUCUGAUGAUCUGUGCAGACAUCCUUAUGGAGGAUAAGACAGCGCCUACUCAGCGCAGUACUGAUAAUAUUGUAAAGUGGCUUAACCUCCGAAAGGUUCGUUCCUUCUACACUGUGCUGAAUGGAGACAGUCUGAGAGAAGGAACAAAGACACUUAUGCAGUCUACAGGUCUGGGGAAAUUGAAGCCCAACCUUCUGGUAAUGGGAUUUAAGACAAACUGGAGAGGGUGUUCCCCCUACAGCAUGGAGGACUAUGUGAAUACCAUCCAUGAUACAUUUGACGCAAACUAUGGUAUAUGCAUUCUGAGAAUGAUGGACGGCCUUAACAUGACCAAUGACAUGUUCUGUGCAGAUAAUGCUGCCUUUAAACAAGAUAAAUCUCCUGAGCAACAAUCCAACAAUGACUCCACAGGGGAUAACUCAGAUCUUGGCAAUUGCCAGCCAGACCAUCACAUUCCCAGCUGUGAAAUCUCUACAGUCUUCCAGACCAAACAAGGAAAGAAGACCAUAGACGUGUACUGGAUAUCUGAUGAUGGAGGUCUGACUCUGUUAAUUCCGUACCUGUUGACCAGAAGAAAGCGUUGGCGGCACAGUAAGGUCCGCGUCUUUUUAGUUGGGCAACAACAGACCAUUGAGGAAGAUCGCAAAGAGAUGGUGUUUUUGCUUCAACGUUUUCGCCUGGAUGUCGAUGAUGUCAUCGUCAUAACAGACAGCGAACAUCAACCCAUGGCCAAAAAUCUGGAGAGAUUUGAGAAAUCCAUCGCCCCCUUCAGGCUCAAAAGUGGAGAGCAUGGGAAUGACAUUGUUCAGCCAGAGAGUCCCUGGCGGGUGUCUGACGAAGUACUGGAAUCACUGAGGAUGAAGUCUGAGAGGAAGGUGCAUCUGAAUGAGAUCAUCUGUAGGAAUUCCAGACAGGCUGCUUUGGUCAUUGUGAGUAUGCCUGUUCCUCAGAGUGACUGUCCCAGCUCUCUUUAUAUGGCCUGGCUGGAUGCUCUGACAUGCGGCCUUCACUGCCCAGUUGUGCUCAUACGAGGCAACCAGCAGAAUGUGCUCACCUUCGACUGCCAGUGAAAACCACCACAUACACACGUUUGCAUCUCUUUGGACCUCACUGCCUGCUAGAACUGAUAGAUAAGAAUUGUAAUUAGAUCUCAGAUCGCCAAAGAUAAGCCAAAUUAUUUAUGGAACUAAGGGUGCUACAAAAUUAAACAUGUAGACAAUAUUUAUGAUAAAGUAUUUAUUUCAUCCCAGUUAUUAUACCAGUUGAAAAGCACAACAAUGUAAUACUGCAUGCAGUUGCCCUCUUGCCUGAUUGUAUGCAUUUCUUAUGGAAUGGGGAAGAAUAGAAGGGGAAGAGAGUUCAUAACAUAAAUUAUUCCACUGCUUGGUUGAAUUUCCCAUUGUCCUACGUAAUUUAGAAUGACCAUUAACAUUAUGUUAUUUAACACCUAUGAAGUAGAUAUAUUUUUUUGGCCGUAUCACAUUUGUAUAUUAAUUCGCCAAACUCGUUGUGAAGUUUAAAGGUCGUGUUGCAUCCGAGCUGUAAAAUACAGUCGUUCAGAACAUAGCAACAUUGUAGCAUAUGAUGGAGGUGGCUUUUAGCUAGAUGGAAAGUAAAAUACAUAAGCAACAUGUCUUUGGGAGAAUUUAAGUGGAGAUUUGAUAAGAGUUUGUGGUGACGGCCUGCACAUUUGCUAUAAUCCUUACAUUCCUUAAUUAUGGAUUUCACUGAACUCCAGGGGAAGUUCAGAGACUUGAUAUUUUUUUGGUAUCCAUCCCCUUACUUAUGCUUUUCAAUAACCUUUGCUUUGAGUUGUUUAGAGUGUUUGUCUUCAUGGUGGAAUUAUAGCCAGGAAUACUGAUUGACCAGUGACUGGACCUUCGAGACGCAGGUGUCUUUAUAUUACUAUACUAUACACAUUCAGUGCACUCAGGAGAUCUCCAUUUCACUAUUUUUUCUAGACUAUUAGCACCAAUUGGCUGGACCAUUGUUGAUUUAGGUCAGUCACUUUAAGCAGGGAUUUAUGCUUAUAUCACUUAUUUUGCAUUAUAUAUUUUAAAUUAAUGAAUUAAUUACUUUGUAGAAAUUUGACACCAUCACUUUGUCUUACAGAUGAUAUAAAAAAUUAUGUCACGUUGUCACUUUAUGUCUUACAAAAUUAAGUUGUUAGUUGCUAAUUAAGGACGAGGAGGAUCAUCAUUGUGAUAAUUCAUUGUGAUGGACAAUAAUGAUUUCUAAGGGUUUGUCUUGAUUUUUAAACUGCUCUGUCAGUUUUAUUUGUAAGUAGAAAAAUAUGCAUACUGUGUAGUAUUUAGUAGACUACAGUAGGGGUCAGUGUGAUAUUUAUCUAUGUACAAGUGCACUUCCACCUGAAUCUGAUAUGGUCUUUCUUUACAUCUUUUACUGUAGGCUGUAAUCCAUGGAAUGAUUUUGCUCCAUAUGGUGAUACAUUACUUCUGAUUUGUUUAAUAUUUGCACAUAGGUACUGUCUGUCACAGACAAAAUCAACAGAUAUUAAAAAAACUGGUUUGAACUGGUA